AUCACCGCAAUCAGCGACUCUGCACUGAAACAAUUGGAGUUGAAGGACAACAAUGGGACCACUUCGCUGUAUAAGGACAAAUCAAACGUCUUCUACGUGAUUUAUCGCCCGACGAAAAAAGUGAUCAUCAAAAGUAUGCCGGAGGCUGAGGGGAAAAUCAUCGCCAAUCGACUAAAUCUUCUCUUUGCUGGACUGUACGAUGACCCAAUCCGACAAUUGCCUGACAACGAGCUGGAGCGAAUCGCUGUAUUUACUCUCAAAAAUCCGAGUUGGACUGAGAUCCAUUUGGCGGCGGCGCUCGGACUGACCCGAACGCUGAGCUUUCUCUUCGAAAGAGACGCUGUUGUGGUUGUGAACACGCCCACCGAGGACGGACUUUUACCGCUGCACAUUGCUUGCGAGUACAAUCAGUAUGAAGCGGCCAUGUUGUGCACAAAAGCCGGCGCUCAAGCUUCAAAAAUGAACGCUCGAGGGCAAACAGCGUACCAUUUAGCGGCAAAAAAGUGGAGAUAUGAGAUUAAUGAAGCGCAAGCCAUUCAACUUUGUGUCACCGCCGAAGACAUGUCUGGUUUCACUCCACUCCAAGAGGCCAUCUGCAAUGAGAAUCUGGAAGGAUUACAGGUGAUUCUCUUGGAUGUAAUCGCUUGUCGUGGCGCCAGAAACCAAGUGCUUCGUUGUCUUCAGCACUACGUCGUCAAAGAUUACGAUAAAUGGAGAAAAAUCGGGAGCCUCGUGUGCAGUCCACAACUCGAUUGGUUGAUCCAAAUGGACCCGUCCGGGGACACGAUUUUGCACAAACCACUUCCGGAUCCCGAUAUUCUCCGUGUUCUGUGUCUAUUCGCGGCCAGGAGCUGUUUCGAGCUGCCAAAUGGGAGUGGACUGACCCCGUUGCAAGCAGCCAUCAAUCGGGACGACUUGGCAGCUUGUGUGUGCUUUGUUUCGUUCGGGGCUGAUGUGGGCAAAAAAACGGCUAGAGGCGAGACGUGUGCUCAAUUGGCGUUACAAAAAGCCCGCCCGAUGAUCUUGCAACUCUUGAUCCUGCUCGGCGCUCAAAUGGACCCCUCCGAUUUACAAUUUGCGCAAGAAAAACAUAAACCACAACUCCGAAAAAUUUUCCAAACAGCGUUGGAGCCGAAGCUGCAAGAAGCGAUGAGAGAUCAUCUGUUACCGGAUAAUACAAUCAAAAUCCGAGACGCUUUAAUGAGCAAACCGAAAACGAAUCGAAAAAUCGCGCUCUCGUUGGAUGGAGGUGGUAUUCGGGGACUAGUCGAAGCACAAAUGCUUUUCGAGCUCGAGCGAUUGACAGGAAACUCGAUCGUCUCGAAUAUUGAGUGGCUAGGAGGAACAAGCACUGGAUCGAUUUUGGCGAUCGGGCUUGCGUUGGGGAGAUCGCCCGCCGACUGCAUCCGCCUUUAUCUUCGUUUCAAAGAUGAAGUGUUUAGGGGAAUACGUCCAUAUUCUCCGAAAACUCUUGAGGCGUGCCUCAUCGGCGAAUUCGGCCCAGAUCGCAAGUUUGGCGACGUGAAAAAGAGACUACUGGUAACGGCUGCUCAAGUGGACGUAAGUCCAGCUGAAAUCGUGCUCUUCCGAAGCUACGACCUUCCAAAUGAGCCAGCGAAAAACUUUGCAGAACUCGGAAAUGGCAGAGAGAUCAAAUUGUGGCAAGCGGCUAGAUGCUCCAGUGCGGCUCCCACCUAUUUCACAGCCCCAUUCGGCGUUUACAUGGACGGGGGCCUGAUUGCAAAUAAUCCGUCAGCCGAAAUUCUCUCCGAUAUUCAAAUGAUGGAAACAUUGGGAGUCAAUGAGGAAAAACCAUCACUUUUCUUAUCACUUGGUACCGGGAUCCCACCUUUACGUCGAAUGAAUGAAAAUCAGCCAAAUGGGGGAAUUUGGCAGAGGCUGAAUCAAUUCAAUCUUAAUUUAAUGCAUACAUUACACAUGUUGACUGAACAAAUCUCAGCCGCUAACGGUGUAAUCGUGAGUCGAUCAGCCGGUUUCUCACUCGCUUUGGGCAUCCCAUUCUUCCGUUUUUCUCCUCCUCUCCCAUCGGAUAUUCAAUUGGAUGCAAGAGAUGAUGAAAUUCUGAUUGAAAUGCUCUGGAUUGCGAGGAACUACAUCUACACCCAUCCGGACAUCAAAAAGCUUUGCGAGUACCUGAAGCAA